CGUCGGGCGGGAUACCCACCUCCAUGCGACCGGUAGUCCCCAAAAAGCGGGCGCGGAAAAAAAUAAAAAAUAAAAAUAAAAAUAAAAAUGAAAAUCUGAAGUAACAAACGAAAAAGAAACAGGUGCUGCAGGGGCGGGGGGAAGGGGGGGACGAACGAGAGAGAGAGAGAGAGAGAGAGAGAGAGAGAGAGAGAGAGAGAGAGAGAGAGAGAGAGAGAGAGAGAGAGAGAGAGAGAGAGGAGAGAGAGAGAGAGAGAGAGAGAGAGAGAGAGAGAGAGAGAGAGAGAGGAGAGAGAGAGAGAGAGAGAGGGCUGAGGUGGGUUGACCAAACCAAUGACGGAGAGCCUGACGUAAUGGGUGAGCCGGUCGUGACGGAGCCGCAGGAGGCUCUGAAGACGAGAACCUCGAGCGGUCGACGAGAAGCGACGAGACGACGCUUCCCUGAGUAUGAGCGAAGGGAAACCCUGGCGGAUAGGCACAUGGACGACUGGAGAGAGAGUUCGAGUGAUUCCUAUUGGAGGGACAGAGAUAGAGACAGAGCGCCACCCAGGCGAGUCUUCGACCCCCAGACAGGGGAGUCGCAUCCGCUCCCUUACGAGAGCAAGGAUCCGUAUAUUAUUACGCACAAGGUCUCGAAGCCUCCUACUUUCAGAGGCUACGGCAUCACAGAAUAUCUGGAGAAGUGGGAGCUUCAUGCUAGCCGGAGUCAGUGGUCGGAGGAAGAGAUUAUAGAGAACUUCCUAUUUAAUGUGGACCCGAGCCUCGACAAGGAAGUAAAGGAAGCCCGACCAAAGGAUGGAAAAUGGACUACGUAUAAAAAGAGUCUCGUUGAGCUUUACAAAUUGGAGGAUAACAAGUACUCCAUCAAGGAUCUUGAGACGAUGACUCAAGAUCAAGAUGAGAGCGUACGGGCAUUUGGAAUGCGUUUCCAGAAGAUCUCCGACGUGCUGAUGAAGAAGGGGAAGAUCUCAGAGGUCGAGCGUUGAGCCACGACAUACCGGGACAAGCCCGGAGGACCCUAUUCACUUCGCUGGGACCGAAAGAAGACUGAUUCCUGGAGAAGUGUCGAGGAUAGAAAUCAUCGAACGCUGACUGAUUAUCGUGCGAGGGAAAGGGAGAGAGACGAUGAGCCAUGGCGAUGUAGGGACGAUGAGAUAGACCGGGACCGCAGGACUCACGAGACGUAUGGGCAAGCUAGGAGAAUGGAUGACUACUUGCGUAGCCCUCGCUAUGAGCCUAAUGGGGGUAGAGACGACUCUCGAGGUAGGUGGGAGUCGGAUCAGGGCCGACGAGAUGGAUACAGGGACAACAGAUAUGAGAGGCGGACCGAGAUGGAUAUAGGGACGACAAAUAUGAGAGGUCGGAUCGAGACGGAUACAGGGGUGGCAGAUAUGAGAGAGGAGAUCAACGCGAUGAGCCGCGCGGGUGAUACGACCGAGGAGACCGACAUGAUGAUUCACGCGGGCGAUACGACCGAGGAGACCGACGUGAUGAUUCACGCGGGCGAUACGACCGAGGAGACCGACGUGAUGAUUCACGAGGGUGAUACGAACAUGGAGACCGCCGCAAUGACUCGCGCGGUAGGAAUGAGAGAGGGGGAUAUGGCGCGUCGUGUGAUCCGUAUCCGAAGUCCCCUGACCCCAGAGCAGCGAGAGGGCACGGUCCCCUAUGGGGGGCUACCCAAGCGACACAAGCGAGUAGCUAAAAAAGUUAAGCCAGCGGCGGUGGGCCACGAGCGAUCUGCACUGGAAGGGAGAUCGGAAGAAGAGAUCGCAAAGGAAAUCAAAGAGAGGAAGAAAAAGAAGCCGCAAUGCCUAACGGAAGAGAGGAUAGCAGGGAUGGACAUCGGAGAUGAAAAUCUGACCCCGCAGGAGCGGGAACGUGUGAUAGAAAUCCUAAAGACAUGCGAUAAGGAUAUAGCUUUCAGCGAUGCGGAGCGCGGUAGGGUUGACCCUCGAUACGCUAGGCCAGCAAGGAUUUACACGAUUCCACAUGUUCCUUGGAAUGACGCAGGAUGGAAAUACGCCCAGAAGGAGAAGGAAGAGGUUAUCGCUUUCCUAAAAGAAAAGAUGGCUUCUCAUGUUGCGGAGCCGUCUGACAGCGCUUAUGCAAAUCGAUGGUUCUUCCUACAAAAGCCGAAUGGCAAGAUCCGGUGGAUCCAGGACCUUCAGAAGGUCAACGGGGUGACGAUUCGAGACGUGGGCUCUAUGCCACACGCCGACUUACUGGCUGAAGGCGCUGCGGGCAGGUCGAUUUAUUCGGUCUGUGAUCUGUUCUCAGGGUAUGAUGAGGUCCCGCUUGAUCCUAGGGACAGGCACCUCACGGCUAUGCACAUGCCAUUGGGACUGAUACAGAUGAUGGUCGUCCCUAUGGGAUGGACUAAUGGGGUAGCCGUUUUUCAGAGAGCCCUGGUAGCGGUCCUCAAGGACUUCAUCCCUCAUAAGGUUGAAGUUUUUCUGGAUGAUUUUCCUAUUAAAGGGUCAGUAAAGGAGGAUGAGACAGAGGUCGUACCAGGAAUUAGAAGAUUCGUCGAGCAGCACCUAACAGAUAUUUUCGCGGUACUUGAGCAGCUGGACGAUGCGAAUUUAACGGUCAGCGGAACAAAGAGACGGUUACGAGUUUGUGUCUGUCAGGGUGACACACAAAUGCAGCGCAACCGUUGCAUGCAUUGUUGUAAGCUAUCGUCAAAUGUUAACAGUAUGUGCAACACAUAUAUGGAGACACAAGAUAACACGAAGGGACGAUGAACAUUUGAUGAUGUGAGCGUACAAGUAGUACAUGAAACAGUACUAUAUUGACGCACGGAAUACAAUGUUCAAAUUCG